AUUCGAAGUAAUUUUGAAGUAAUCUAAUUGAAGAAGUUUUUUUGCCGAAGUACUUGGUAACAAAGCGGAAAAUGGAGCAAAAGGCGCGAUCUGUCAGUCUAGGAAGACUUUCGGACGGGAUUUAACAUUUAUAGUGCCAAGCAUACCCUAGUCCCUACGCAUUACUGAUCAAUUUUCAUAAUUUGAGGGACUAAUAGCCUUUGUUUGCUCGACAACCUCAUCAUUUACUUCAUUGCAACAUUAAUUGGCUCUUAGAAGUAAUACAGCAGACUGACAUCAUGUCCUUCGGCUGCUACAAGCCCGAUGUGAACACCGCCCUCGGGUGUCGGCAGACCACUGCUAACAUGGGCCUCAGGGAGCAGCGGUUGAUGACCGAGAAGUUCGGACGAGAAGUUCGAAAUCCGAUUACAGGCGAGCUGAUGUCCUACGGAAGCUCCUCGAGCAAUGACCGCCAUCGGAACGAACAAAGCAGUGUCUACAGUGCGGGCGAGGGCUUCAAUGCAGCAAGUGAAGCCGACGCUGCUCGGUGGGACAGCUGUUCCGGAAAAAAAGUAAAAGAUUUUGAUACAAGAGUGCCUUGGCCUGGCUGCUUCGUUGUGAAAGAUUUCUAGUUCCUGGGACAAUUACAGAAGAACAAUAUGAUGAACCAUUACAGAAAAAUUGUUGAUGAAUUAUUCAAGAUUGUAAAUGUAAUUCGAUUUGAGUUGUACGUUGUUCAUUGGAUUUCACAGGUAUGUUCAAUCGAUUUUCUGCUCAUUUUCCUCAGAUGAUGCCAGAGCAACGACAUGUUGGGCACUUAAAGCGUAAUUUUACAGUACAACACGAUGACAGAGCGAGCCAGAUGGAGGCAUCGAGAAUAGCGGAAGGAAACCUCCGAACCGGCUCGAUGUUACCAACGGAGUCUGCAACGACGCGUACUUCUUGCUAUUUCACUCACUAAGAGAAGCGAUUUCAGCCUGGUGGAAGCCUGUCGAAUAAACUUGAACUUCAGCAUGAAUAUCAUUGAUAAUAAAUAUACAACAAAAUCGACUGCGAUGUCACCCUUGCAAUUACGUCAACAGCAAUGAAUGACAUCAGGACUCGAAAAUUUCCAAGAAGAUGCAUGUCGUUGUAAUAAAGUGGCAUUUCCAUUUACGAAUACGAGCACAGAAGUAUAUUAUCGAUACUCAUUAUCAUUUUCUAGAUGACUAUCCGUCUUCCUCCGCGUCAUCAUCGGCGUCUUCUGUAGGAGGCGUUACACGCUCGAAGAUGUCGCAUGCGGGUGGCGACUGCGGUGCAUACUUGAAGCCAAAGUUAUGAUUGGGAAUAAUUUGGUGAAUGAUCUUUAAACGUUGUGGGUAGCGUUGUAUUAUUUCGCGGGCUGCUGGGUGAUAUACACAGCGUGGAAGUAUGUGAAAUGGUACGCGUACAUAGUAGUACUUGAAACUGAACAAAAUAUAUAUCGGACAUCUCUAAGAGCCGAUCAACUUGGCCCGGGUCUGGUCGCUCUGCAUGGCGGCGGCGAUCCGUUUCGGCAGAACGAGCAGAACGCAAAAUUGGGCGGCGCCAGUCCACGAACGCAGAAGACCCGUGGCGCGAAUAGCCGUAUGAACUUGCGGCCUACAGAAUUCGGUUAUAUGGCUUCUGACCCAGUGCGCGGGGAGGCCAAUGCCGAGAGACUUGCUGCCCAUCUGCUACGUGAGAUCCCAGCAGCAAAAUACUGGAAUGUCUUCAACGAUUAGGUAGGAUAUCUAUACGCUUCAUUUCCACCAAGAUCGAUAUCUUUAUGAUAUUCGUUUCGGUUUAAAAUGGCAGCUGGUGCGGCACCGAAAAGGAUUGGCUUGCUGGCGAAUUUUCUUUUUUCGCUGUACAGCUACCUAAUGUCUUCGGCCGAAUUUUGAAGGGCUCAUUUUUCACUCGUUGUGCUUGCAUUUGGAUUGCUUGUGGUUGGAUGCCAUGUGAUUUGUAGGUGCGACAGUUGCUCAUGCGAAUCAAUGGUAUAGUGGUGACUUUUUUGUUUGGCACUGUCUGACUGCGCCACAGUCAGGUAGUAAAAACUCCGAUAU